AAGGAAGGGUAGGUCUCAGGGCAGGGUAAAACGUCAGGGAGGUAGAGGGUACCACCGACGGGCACACUGGGGAGCCCUGAGAAGAAGCUGGGGAGGCAGGAAUACAAAGAUAAAAUCUAUUCUCUGCUACCAUUUGACAUUGUUUAUCAAAUUUUAUUCUUUAUUUAUUUAGUUUUUUUUUUUAGACAGAGUCUUGCUCUGUCGCCCAGGCUGGAGUGCAGUGGCACAAUCUCGGCUCACUGCAACCUCUGCCUCCGUGGCUCAAGCGAUUCUCCUGCCUCAGCCCCCGGAGUAGCUGGGACUACUGGCGCGCACCACCACACCCAACUAAUUUUUGUAUUUUUAGUAGAGACAGGAUUUCGCCAUGUUGGCCAGGCUGGUCUCGAACUCCUGACCUCAAGUGAUCCGCCCGCCCUGGCCCAAAAUGCUGGGAUUACAGGCAUGAGCCACGGCGCCCGGCCUUAUGAAAUUUUAAAUGUGUACACCCCUCCUCCAAAAAUACAUAUUAAUUACAGGGGGGAAGGGAGUAACUUGCCCAUGGAGAAGGCUGGAAGACAGCACCUUAGUCUGGGGAUCCCAGCAGCAGUAAGGAGACAUACUGCAGCCAUGCACCAGCUGACAGGACACAGGGAGAGGACCCGGCCUCACUUCUGCAAGAUUCUCCCAACCAUGCAAAACCUGAGUAUAAUCAUGGGAAACAGCAGACCAACCCAAAUUUAGGGACAGCCUAAAAAAUAAGCGGCUUAAUAUUUAAAUAGCAAAGCCAUGAAAGUCAAAGACAGAGGAACUGAUCUGAUUUGAAGGAGACUUAGAAAUGACAAAUAAACACAACAUGAGAUUCUGAACUGGAUCGUUUGGCAACAAAAAAUUACGGAGACAACUGGCAAGAUUUGAAAGGACUCCGAUGAUUAGAUGAUAGCAACGUAUCAUGUACAGAUGUUGAUGGUUGGAUUGCAGUUUAAUAGAAGGUUGUCCUUGUUUGUAUAAAAUACACUAAACCCUCAUGUCAGAAACUUCAUCAGAAAUGGCUAGGGGAAGGGCCGGGUGCAGUGGCUCACACCUAUAAUCCCAGCACUUUGGGAGGCCGAGGAGGGUGGAUCACGAGGUCAAGAGAUCAAGACCAUCCCGGCCAACAUGAUAUGAAAACUGAAUUGCAAAAGCGGUUCCUGGAGAACAGAAUGUGCUGGACCAGGGACUCAGCGUCCCCCGGAGAGGGUCCGGUGUGACCCCGACAAGAAGCAGAAAUGGGGAAGAAACUGGAUCUUUCCAAGCUCACUGAUGAAGAGGCCCAGCAUGUCUUGGAAGUUGUUCAACGAGAUUUUGACCUCCGAAGGAAAGAAGAGGAACGGCUAGAGGGGUUGAAGGGCAAGAUUAAGAAGGAAAGCUCCAAGAGGGAGCUGCUUUCCGACACUGCCCAUCUGAACGAGACCCACUGCGCCCACUGCCUGCAGCCCUACCGGCUGCUUGUGAAUAGCAAAAGGCAGUGCCUGGAAUGUGGCCUCUUCACCUGCAAAAGCUGUGGCCGCGUCCACCCGGAGGAGCAGGGCUGGAUCUGUGACCCCUGCCAUCUGGCCAGAGUCGUGAAGAUUGGCUCACUGGAGUGGUACUAUGGGCAUGUGAAAGCCCGCUUCAAGAGGUUCGGAAGUGCCAAGGUCAUCCGGUCCCUCCACGGGCGGCUGCAGGGUGGAGCUGGGCCUGAACCAAUCUCUGAAGACAGAAGUGGAGACAGUGACCAGACAGAUGAGGAUGGAGAACGGGACUCAGAGGCCCAGGCCCAGGCCCAGGCCCAGCCCUCUGGCAGCAAAAAAAAGCGCCUCCUCUCCAUCCACGACUUCGACUUCGAGGGAGACUCAGAUGACUCCACUCAGCCUCAAGGUCACUCCCUGCACCUGUCCUCAGUCCCUGAGGCCAGGGACAGCCCACAGUCCCUCACAGAUGAGUCCUGCUCGGAGAAGGCAGCCCCUCACAAGGCUGAGGGCCUGGAGGAGGCUGAUACUGGGGCCUCUGGGUGCCACUCCCAUCCGGAAGAGCAGCCGACCAGCAUCUCACCUUCCAGACACGGCGCCCUGGCUGAGCUCUGCCCGCCUGGAGGCUCCCACAGGAUGGCCCUGGGGACUGCUGCUGCACUCGGGUCGAAUGUCAUCAGGAAUGAGCAGCUGCCCCUGCAGUACUUGGCCGAUGUGGACACCUCUGAUGAGGAAAGCAUCCGGGCUCACGUGAUGGCCUCCCACCAUUCCAAGCGGAGAGGCCAGGCGUCCUCUGAGAGUCAGAUCUUUGAGCUGAAUAAGCGUAUUUCAGCUGUGGAAUGCCUGCUGACCUACCUGGACAACACAGUUGUGCCUCCCUUGGCCAAGGGUCUAGGUGCUGGAGUGCGCAUGGAGGCCGAUGUAGAGGAGGAGGCCCUGAGGAGGAAGCUGGAGGAGCUGACCAGCAACGUCAGUGACCAGGGGACCUCGUCCGAGGAGGAGGAGGCCAAGGACGAAAAGGCAGAGACCGACAGGGGCAAAUCAGUUGGGGCUCUCCCCCAGGCGGACCCGGAGUUGGGCAUGGCUGCCCAUCAAACCAACAGACAGGAAAAAAGCCCCCAGGACCCUGGGGACCCCGUCCAGCACAACAGGACCACAGAUGAGGAGCUGUCAGAGCUGGAGGACAGAGUGGCAGUGACGGCCUCAGAAGUCCAGCAGGCAGAGAGCGAGGUUUCAGACAUCGAAUCCCGGAUUGCAGCCCUGAGGGCCGCAGGGCUCACGGUGAAGCCCUCGGGAAAGCCCCGGAGGAAGUCAAACCUCCCGAUAUUUCUCCCUCGAGUGGCUGGGAAACUUGGCAAGAGACCAGAGGACCCAAAUGCAGACCCUUCAAGUGAAGCCAAGGCAAUGGCUGUGCCCUAUCUUCUGAGAAGAAAGUUCAGUAAUUCCCUGAAAAGUCAAGGUAAAGAUGAUGAUUCUUUUGAUCGGAAAUCAGUGUACCGAGGCUCGCUGACACAGAGAAACCCCAACGCGAGGAAAGGAAUGGCCAGCCACACCUUCGCGAAACCUGUGGUGGCCCACCAGUCCUAACGGGACAGGACAGAGAGACAGAGCAGCCCUGCACUGUUUUCCCUCCACCACAGCCAUCCUGUCCCUCAUUGGAUCUGUGCUUUCCACUGUACACAGUCACCAUCCCAAUGAGAAACAAGAAGGAGCACCCUCCACAUGGACUCCCACCUGCAAGUGGACAGCGACAUUCAGUCCUGCACUGCUCACCUGGGUUUACUGAUGACUCCUGGCUGCCCCACCAUCCUCUCUGAUCUGUGAGAAACAGCUAAGCUGCUGUGACUUCCCUUUAAGACAAUGUUGUGUAAAUCUUUGAAGGACACACUGAAGACCUUUAUACUGUGAUCUUUUACCCCUUUCACUCUUGGCUUUCUUAUGUUGCUUUCAUGAAUGGAAUGGAAAAAAGAUGACUCAGUUAAGGCACCA